GGCUCAAGUAUGUUCGCGCGCGACAGUGCAUCAUCUAUUCGUAUACAAAAAAAAUAUCCAGAGAGACAUUGUAAACGGGAUAGAAAUGUUACAUGAAUAAGUAGGUACGUGGUGUGCAUACGACGUUUAUUCGUUUGUCUGCAAACUGUCAUACCGCGUACGAUCGCAGCGAUACAUCGAUGCUGACCUUUCCUUCCUUCGGUUCACAUUUUUACAUGAACAAUUUCACCGAAAAUCUUCUCUUUUCGAGAAGAAUUGUUUAAAAAACACUAUACACAAACAUACGUUUGCACUUUAUUCGGCCUUAUAUUUCCGUGUUGCGAAAUACGUAAACACUUGAUGUUGACGAGGAGCGACAGAAGCGGAGGAUAUAUAAAUAGUUUUAAAUUGAACUUUAAGGCGGCACAUCCAUGUACACUGUAAUCGAGUCAGUUUUCACGAUGUAAAUUCAAGUAUUUCAAUAAGAAAUGAGUCGACCUUUUUCGCUAUUACGUCAAGUCGCGGUUUUGACAAUUCAUGCGAAUUGGAGAAAAAGCGUUCAUCGUUAGCAUUUUAGCACGCAGAAGUAGAGAAACAAUACCGUUUUUACGAAGGUUGUAUUAACGUAGUACUUAUGUUCAUUGUCGCCGGUACAGUUGGACACGCAUGAAGAUACGACAUGAAGGUUAUACUUCGAUCACGGGAGGUAAUGUUUGUCCGAACGUUGUCACUCGUAAUCUUGGACAACAAAUGAACCAUGGAUAGAUAGUUGUAAUAAUUCGGAGGAAGUUAACGCAGAAGAUUACGUGAUGCGUGCGAUUCAAGAUUUGUCGAUAAAGUGUACAUUCCAAGAAUAUUCACGCAUCGAUUGUUCGUCAAAAUAAAUAUUUCACAAUCAUGAGCAGCAAGCACAGCCCUGGAAAAGUGACAUUGGCUAUGAUAAAAGGGAAACCUAUUACGACUUCGGUUCCUGUAAUUCAUUAUCAUGCCAGUGACGACGAACUGGAAGAAAUAUAUCCAAGUACGGACGAAGAAAAGAGACUGUCACCCGAAUUUGAAAAAAUUUUGUCCAAGAUAACCUCCUCUCCGCAAAAAUGCACCGAAAAAAGAUCUACACAGGAAUCGUGCGGUUCGGAAAACAAUUCGGAUUGUCAGUCGGUUACCGCAGAAAAUUUAAUACCUGAAGGCACACCGCCGUCUUUAGGUGCAUGGAAAAUGUUGUCAGAAAUCAAAGGGAAAAUAACUAAAACAUUCGAAGAGAAACUAUCGGAAAUAAAAAGUGACAAAAAAAAACUUUCGCAUUCUAGAGCCGAGAGUUCAAGCAUCAGUGAUUCGGAAGAUCAAGGAAGCGUUACGCCUUGCAACAAUACGAUGGCUAGCGACAAGCAAAUAAACGAAUCGAGUACACCUGUCGUUCUCCCACGAAACAAUCCGGGUAAAUAUGUAGGCUUCUCUGGAAUAAAGACAGGUCUGAAGGACAAAAGUCUGCAAGAAGAGUGCGUCGAAAGUGGCAUCGAAGCCUCGGAAUUUUCUCCCGACAUUGGCGACGACCUCGAUCCCUGCGCAGAGACGAAUGCAUCGUUCGCGAAAUCGUUGGAUAGCGACAGCUGUAUCAACAGCCGUAAACAAGUUUCCCAAGCUCACUCGACUUUACUUCUAACGCGAAGAAAUUUGAAUUUAAUCUUUUCGCAUUUGCUUAAACAACUGACUUAUCAAAUAACGUACACAUCAGUUGCUGUUUUCAUCGCAAUUUUAUGCAUUUAUUACGUUACUCCGUUACCAGAAUAUUUGAUCGGACUUGUAACUGGCGUCGUUACAACUAUAAUGUUUUACAACAUGUCGGCAAGGUUUAAAACGAUUUUGACAAGUUUACCAAAUGAAAAAUUUGUUAGCAGGCAAGUAAUACCCGUUUUAGAGAUUCCAGCAGUAGAGGAGCAUGCUGUGAUCGAGAGAUUUCAAGGCUGGAUGAACGAAUUACCCUACUGCUACGAACCAACUAAUUAUCACGUGGCCCGUACCAAAUCUGUUUUUCUUAAACUGGAGGGCAAUGUGUUGCGUAUAAUGGAAACAAGAAUGAAAAUACCAAAGAAAGCAGUCUGGGAUGAAUCGCAACACAAAUUGAAGUUUUUCAGGAAGAGAGUUUAUAAUUUGAAUGGAGCAAAAAUAGAGCUUCUUCCUUGCGGACUUGCCAGAAGACGAAGAUGGAGUAAAAAAUAUCCAAUUUGCAUAACUCUUAAGAAACGGGCACUGAUUUGUAAUGUAAUUCUGAAGGGUUCCGCAUACGACGAAUGCUACUCGACGAUUAACGGUCACGAGCAACCAAUGUCGGAAUCGAGUACAAAGGGCAUAGCUACACCGAUCGAAGCGAAGAACCAGGACGAAACGUGGCAAAAGGAAGAGGAGAAUGGAGGAGACAAAGAAAAGAGUUUAUUGGAAAAGGAGGAAGAUGCUGCAGAAUAUGACGACGACGACGACGACGAUGACAUUGAACAUUUCAAUUCCGAUUUCGACAACGAUGAAUUUGACAACGAAUAUCGAGAAGGCGAACUACAGACCUUAGAAGCUGAAAAUCCAGAAGAAGUAUGCAGAAAAGGAAAAAGGAUAAGAAGGAGAGGGAACACGAAAAAGUAUCAUAUGUAUGAAUUUGAUUACAUAGACAGGAGAAAAACGACCACGAUCAACAAUCACGACGACAGUAACCACAACCGCGGCCACAAUUACAACGAUGAGGAUGAUGGCGUAGACGACGAUGACGAUUAUUACGUCGACGAUUACGUCGACGACGGCGAGGACGAAGACGAGGACGAGGACGACGAGGAUGACGACGAGGACGAGGAGGAGGACGACGAGGAUGACGACGACGACGAGGACGACGAGGACGAGGACGAUGACGACAACGAGGAUGACGAUUACAACAAAGACAGCGACGACAAUGAGGAGAAAGAAGACGAAGACGAGGAUGAGGGAAAUGAAAUGUUAAAAGACAAGAAAAAAGUGCGGCAAGCACAAAAAUACGAGGUUGAGAAAGCUACGGAAGACGAGGAGAUGAGGAAGAGAAAGUGGAGAAGGAGAAAAAGAAGGAAGAGGAGGAAUCGGGAGAAGGGGGAAGAGAAGGCGGACAAGAAGAAGGAAGGUGAAAUUGAAGAUGAAGAUUUGGAGGACGAGGCGCGGCAGGCGAAAGGGAAGGAAAUUGAAAGAGAAGAAAAGGAAGUGUGGGAAACUGUAGGAAUGUCCCAGACUGCGCCGUCGAAGAAGAAACGUUUGAAGAAACGACGGAAUAACCGUAGACUGCGAAACCAAACAAAAAUCUUCAUUUUUGCUAGGGCUGACCGCGAGAAAGAGGAUUGGUAUAGGCGAUUGGUCUCUGCCUCGAUGCGGUGUACCAAAAAGAAGGACGCGUCAUCUUUUACGAUAUCCGAUGCAUCGUCCACAUCGAAUAUGUUAUCCACACAACGAGCCGCAACCACAGAAACGAAAUUAACCAAUAGUCCUUUUGAAAGUGUACCUGAUCUCAACUAUCACACAUACAUGGCGAAAUAUUUGGAUAUCAGCAGUUCGACUUCGGAAAACGAACAUUCUUCGCAUAUCGACAAUACGCUUUGGAUAAACUGUUUAAUAGCUCGCAUACUGUUCGAUGUACACAAAUAUCCAGAAACUGUAAACCUGAUACAGGACAAAAUACAACGGAAAUUAUCUAGUAUAAAACUACCAUAUUUUAUGGAGUGCCUUUUAGUUUCCGAGGUAGCAGUAGGUCAAGGAGCGCCCAUCAUUCGCAACGUAACGAAGCCGGUGACAAACGAGAGAGGUCUUUGGCUCGAUUUGGACAUAACGUACAAAGGAUCGUUGACUAUGACCGUUGAAACAAAACUAAACCUGAUGAAAUUGACGAAAACUGGGACGAUUGCCAAUAGCGGUGGUGGGGCAGUGGAGAGUGGUGGAGGUGACGUUACAGUUUGCCCGGGAAGAGAAAAACCGGUAACUAAAUCGCCAAUGUUCGACAGCGAUAUGGAAGACACGCCGGAAACUUCGACGGAAGACGACGAUAGUUCGCAAUUUUGUAGUCCAGCCAGAGAAAUAAAUCCACCGACACAAUCAUCCGGAAGAAAGUUUCUCAAUAUAGUAGAUAGAAUAGCUGCAAAUAAAUAUUUUCGGCACGCAACUGAACUGUCCUAUGUACGAAGAGCCAUGGAAGGUGUCUCAAACACUGAGAUUCGCUUGAUGGUUACCGUUUCAAGCAUAGAAGGUUGCCUUUCGUUAAACAUUCCACCAGCACCGUCCGACCGAUUGUGGUACGGUUUCAAACCAGUACCGAAAAUAAGUCUCACCGUGAAACCUGCAGUCGGCGAAAGAGCGGUCAAUAUCGUUUACGUAACCAAAUGGAUAGAGGACAAGUUACUCAGGGAAUUUGAAAAGCUGGUCGUUUUGCCCAACAUGGACGAUUUUGUCUUGCCAUUAUGUCCCAAUUAUCCAUAUUCGAAUAAGCGAUAAUCGCGGGAACAGAAACGAAAAUGAUGAUAGCAGCAGGAGUAGCAACAACGACGAUGAAGACGACUACAAGAAUAAUAAUAAUAAUAAUAAUAAUAAUAAUAA